AUGGGAAAUUGUUGUUGCUCUAGACGAUUUUAUGAUGAGGAAUAUGGACAUCUUAGGUUUCGAUUUAUUGGUAAUAGACGAUUUCACAAUAUCUCGAAUUCAGCGUAUGCUGUCCCAAAUGAUGAAGAAGAAGCGGAACGUUUAAUACGAUACCACAACGCGGGAAAAAGUAUUUGGGGAGGAUUAUUUAAAUCACCUGUUGAAAAGAAGUUGAAAGAAGGAGCUAAUGUGAUCGAUAUUGGAUGUGGAUCAGGAACUUGGCUAAUCGAUAUGGCACGAAAAUAUCCCAACUCUAAUUUUACAGGCAUAGAUUUCUCGCCGAUUUUUCCAACAGACGGUAUUCCUAGUAACGCACAAUUUAUCAAUUACAAUCUUUUGGAUGGGCUUCCAUUUGAAGACUCUAGUUUCGAUUUCAUCCAUCAAAAAUUCUUGGUUGUGGCAUUCACGCAGGUACAGUGGGAAGAAAAAGUUAUCCCUGAAUUAAUAAGAUUGGGUCGACCAGGUGGAUGGAUAGAAUUUGUUGAAUCUGACCCUUAUCUGAGCUCUGAUGGUGAAUCCACUCAAAGAAUUUGUAAUGCAUUCAGAGAUUUUCUUACUUCAAAAGGAUUAAACAUUCAACUCAGCGAUGAUCUUCCACUCCUUUUAGAAAAUACAAAUAAAUUUUCAGAAGUUAGAAAAGAGAGAAAACGUAUUAUUUUAGGCAGAAGAGGUGGUAAAGCAGGAGAAGAGACUUUAAAGUUCCUCACGAAAGGCAUGGAAAGCGGCAGGAUUUGGUUAUCGGCUUCGAUGAAUAUAACGCCUGAACAUUAUGAUUUACUUAAUGAAGCAAUCCCUACUGAGGUGGAAAAAUAUAACUCAUUUAUUAAUCAAUAUCGAUUUUGUUGUCAUAUAAAAGAAUAA